AUGGACCAGCUCAGCAGUCUCGUCACACUGAUAGCACGGCAAGAAGAGGUCGAUGCCGCGCCAGCAUGCAGUUCAGGAAACGACUAUGAUGGUCGCAUGGGCCUUCGUAUAGCAUCCAUCUUCGUUAUCUGGGUUGGCUCGACGUUCGGUGCAACCUUUCCUGUCUUUGCAAAUUCCCACAGAGGCCUUGGUGUGCCAGACUGGUCAUUCUUUAUCGCAAAGUUCUUCGGCUCGGGCGUUAUCAUCGCAACAGCAUUCAUUCACUUGCUCAGCCCUGCCGAAGACGCGCUUCGAGAUCCGUGUCUAACAGGCGUUAUCACUGAAUAUGACUGGGUGUCGGGCAUCAUCCUAAUGACCAUAUUUGUCCUAUUCUUCGUCGAAUUGAUGGUUAUGCGGUAUAGCAGUGUGGAACUUCCUGAACAUCAUCACAGUGGUAUGGUCGUCGAUGGCUCGAAAGAGAUUGGAGAGUCUGAAACCUCAAGGAACUCGCGCAGACUGAGCGCACACCACCCUGGAAACGACCAUCUCGGCCACAGCGCCAGACACGACUCGAUUGAAUUGGCUAACAACCCAUUCACAUUGGAGGAGUACAAGGCACAACUUACCGCUAUCUUUAUCCUCGAAUUUGGCAUUAUCUUCCACAGUGUGUUCAUAGGGUUGACACUUGCUGUAUCUGGCGAAGAGUUUGUCACACUAUUCAUUGUGCUGGUAUUCCACCAGACGUUCGAAGGUCUCGGUCUUGGUGCACGAUUGGCGGUGACUCCUUGGCCUAAGGGGAAAGGAUGGACUCCCUACGUGUUAGCCAUUACCUACGGUUUCACGACGCCUAUCGCCAUCGCCAUCGGCUUGGGCGUGAGGCAAUCAUACCCUCCUGGUAGCCGAACUACCCUGAUCGCAAACGGUGUUUUCGACUCGAUAUCGGCAGGUAUCCUGAUCUACACUGGAUUGGUGGAAUUGCUGGCACACGAGUUUAUGUUCAGCAGAACCAUGCGGACUGCGCCCAUAAAGACUUUGCUAUCAGCCUUUUUCCUGGUAUGUCUGGGAGCUGGUUUGAUGGCAUUGCUUGGAAAGUGGGCUUAA